GGGGUGUGUGAAAUUAUUGGCAGCGUUUCAGGUGACUCCAGGAGACACCUAAAGCUGGACUUGCCAGUGUGUUUGAGGGAGUGUGUGUGUAUACGUGCAUACGUCCGUGCGUGUGUGUGUGUACGAGUGUGUGUGUGUGUGUGUGUGUGGAGCAGCCAACACACACUUACAUUCGCUCACAACAUGGCGAUGAAGCGCCGAGAGACACGACGGCUCUCUCCCCACUAAAUGCAACCCUGUUCUGAGUGAAAGCAGGGUACUAUGCCAAAGGGAAAUACAUUAACUAAUAGCCAACUAAUAGUCUAUUUCAGAGAGGAUCUAAUUGCGGAUUCCAUUAUAUGCAUGUUGCUAGUGCUAUAGCUGGCUGUAGAGACCCACACGCUGCUUUACCCCUCUGCUGGAAAUCAAUGCUUUACAUGGCGGUGGAGACUAUCUGGUUUUUCUAUCUACUUUCGUUGGGCUUCUGUGGACCAUCCGUUCAAGAGAAGCAUGUGACGGUGGAGCUGAGCUGUGGGGCGGGGCCUGUCCUCGUGGUGCUGGAGCCAGGACAGCCCCUGCUGCUGGACUGUCACCUGGGGGCCACGCCGCUGGACACGCCCCUCAACGUCACCUGGCUGCAGGAUGGGCUCCCCGUGCUGGAGGGGGAGGGGAACUCCCUCAGGACCCUUGCCAACGGAUCACUGCUGGUGCUGCCCACCUCUGUGGAUGGUCGGACACCUCAAAGGGUUGAGGGGGGCUACAGCUGUGUGAGCGCCGGCCCCUUUGGAGCCCUGACCAGCCGCACCAUUGCCGUUCACCUGGCCACGCUGUCUCGUUUCCAUCAGAACCCAGAGGCCCAGGUGGUGCCCCUUGGGGGUGCUUCCCGCUUUGAGUGCCAGAUAGACGGAGUGCCCACGCCAAGGAUAACCUGGGAGAGGGACCAGGAACCCAUCCCCAGCCAGCCUAGGUUCAUCUCUCUCCCUAACGGUGUGCUCCAGAUCUUGGGGGCGGUUAAGGAGGAUGGGGGUGCGUACCGCUGUGUGGCCUCCAACUCUGCCCGGAAACGCUUCAGCCAGGAUGCCGUCCUCACUGUCACUACAGGUCCUGGCCCUGCCCAAAGUGAGGUAGUGAUUGUGGCACCUCCUCAGAAUGCCACAGUGGUGCAGGGGCGUCCAGCAGUGAUGGAGUGCAUGGCCCAGGGGGGGCAGCCCAAACCCCUGGUGUCCUGGAGCAGACAGGACGGCAAGCCCAUCGCCACCGACGUGGUUGUCCUGGAAACCAACCUGGUGAUCCCCAACACACGGCGUUACCAUGCGGGGGUCUACGUCUGCCGUGCCAACAAACCCAAGACCCGCGAGUUUGUCAUCGCUGCGGCUGAACUGCAUGUGCCAGCCCCACCAGUGAUCCUCCAGCCCCCAGAGACGGUGUCUCUCUCUCGGGGAAACACAGCCAGGUUUGUGUGUAACAGCUCUGGGGAGCCUCCCCCGGCACUGCAUUGGCUGAAGAAUGGCAAGCCGGUCAAGUCUAACGGACGGGUGAAGACCCAGAGCCCUGGGGUGCUGCUCAUCAACCAGCUGGGCCUGGACGACGCAGGGUACUACCAGUGCAUCGCUGACAACGCUCUGGGGACGGCCUGCGCCACAGCCAAGCUGUCUGUCAUUGUGAGAGAGGGUCUACCCAGCCCGCCACACCAGCUCUCUGCCACGCCCCACUCCAGCACCACCGCCCUUCUCACCUGGGAACGGCCCGAACACAACAGUGACCAGAUUAUAGGCUUCUCUGUGCACUACCAGCCCACUUCAGGCUCUGAUCACAUGGAAUACCAGUUUGCUGUGAACAACGACACCACAGAGUACCAUGUGAAGGAGCUACUGCCACACACAGCCUAUACCUUCUACGUGGUGGCCUACUCCCCCAUGGGAGCCAGCCGCCCGUCACGGCCCGUCACCGUGGAGAUGCUGGAGGACGUACCCAGUGCCCCUCCACAGCUGUCCCUGCUCAGCACCUCUCCUACAGACAUCAGAGUGAUGUGGCUGCCCCUGUCCUCCCACCACAGCAGAGGAGCUGUCACCCGCUACCGCAUCGACUACUCCACACUGGAACAAGGCGAGCACAUCGCCAUCUACUGGCACGGAGGCCACAGUACUACACUGCUGUCCUGUGUUAAUAUAACGCUGUCCGUGGACAACGUGUUUUCUGUGGAGGUGGGGGGGAAUGAGACUCAGCUUACCUUGCGGGAGCUUCAGCCUAACCAGGCCUAUCGACUGCGGAUGGCGGCGGGAACGGGAGCAGGCUUUGGUGUGCCAUCUGAGUGGGCUCAGCACCACACCCCAGCCCACUUUAACCACAGCAUGGUGAUCUUUGCUCCCACAGAGCUGAAGGUUAGGGCCAAAAUGAACUCCCUCCAUGUCACAUGGCAGCCCCCGCCCAAUCACACGCAGAUCUCCGGCUACAAGCUCUUUUGCAGGGAGAUGGUUGGUGAGGAGCUGACCAAUGGGGAGGCUCAUCCUGAGAGGGAGCGGGUGAGGAGGAUGGAGGCCCACACCAUCAAGCUCCGCAAGAGGGUCAAACAUCAUGAGGUCUCUAGUCUGGUCCCUGACAGACUAUAUGAAGUGAAGGUGUGGGCCUUCAAUAAGCAGACGGAUGGAUAUGCUGCAGGAUGGAAGGGCAGGACUGAGAAGGCACAUGGCAAAGUGCUCCCUAAGGGGAACCCCCCUCCCCUGCCCCCUCCCCUGCCCCCCAGCAGCAUCAAGGCUACAGCCAACAGCUCCACAUCCAUCUGGCUGCGCUGGGAGAAACCUCGCUUCAGCAACGUCCGCAUCAUCAACUACACCGUACGCUGCAGCCCGGCCGGCAUCAGAAACGCAUCGCUUGUGUCCUACUACACCAGCUCUGCUCAGGAGAUCCUCUUGGGGGCGCUAAAACCCUACACCCGCUAUGAGCUGGCUGUGCAGUCCAUUGGAGGAGACAUGGUUGGUCCCUUCAGCGGCACCGUGGAGGAGUCCACUCUCACUGACAUACCCUCCACCCCCCCAGCGGAGCUGCAGCUCAGUGCCUUGGACUCCUCCUCUGUGUUGGUGAACUGGCGUCCGCCUGUGGAGCCCAAUGGCAUCAUCAUCAGCUACAGGAUCCUAUACACCAUCAGCCUCAGCCAGCCUGAGCAUCUGUGGAACAACCUCUCCCAAGAUGGUGGGUGGGUGGCUGAAGGGACCAUCAUGAGUGCUGAGGUAACAGGGCUGUCUAGUGGUACACAAUACUUCUUUAAGAUGAGGGCGUCCACUGAGGUGGGAGUGGGGCCUUACUCCCCAGUGAAGGAUGUGCGCACUCCUCCCAGGAAAUAUGAGCUGGACAUCCAUGCAGUGACAGGCAUCAUAGUUGGUGUGUGUCUGGGGCUGCUCAGCAUUCUCCUUUGUAUGUGUGUCAGCUUCCGCAACGGCAAGGCCAGAGAGGUGUCUGGAGGGCUGGACUCCACAGCUCUACCUCCACAGUACCGCCGUGGGGGUAGGUCUGUGCCCACCAUGGUGCCAGAAUGCAGUGAUUGCCAUGAGCUAGAGACCCUGAUGCCCCUGGGCAGCCUGGACCAUGAGCAUGACCGCGCCCAACCCCUCACAGAGCCCACUGAGGAGCACAGCCUCAUGGGUAAUGUAGGAGUAGGGGACGAUGCCCUAGGAGCUGAGCUCAAGGCUGCUUGGAAUGGGUCAGUUAGUCGUCACUGGGCCAACCGGAUCACCAAAUACAGGGAUACCAUCACAGAGGACUCUCCAACGCUCAACAAUGGAACUUUGGACAUGGCCAACACAGAGAAUGGCAAGGGCGACCCUGAGGACCGACUGGGCUCCUCCCUCUGCAGCAGUAACCAGGUGGAGGCAGAGGUCAUAGUUCACUCUGAGCUGAACGACCUGGAGAAGGAGCAGCAGGAGGCGAGGAGUGACAAGGAUGAGGACUCUCAGGCCACCAGGGGGCUGUCAUUGUCCGAGGCAGCUUACUCCCCAGUCAGACAGCCUGCCCAGGCCCCCUUACACCCAAAGGAGCCAGUCAGACAGCCUGCCCAGGCGGCACAACAUCCAGGGGAGCCAGUCAGACAGCCUGCCCAGGCGGCACAACAUCCAGGGGAGCCAGUCAGACAGCCUGCCCAGGCACCACAACAUCCAGGGGAGCCAGUCAGACAGCCUGCCCAGGCACCACAACAUCCAGGGGAGCCAGUCAGACAGCCUGCCCAGGCACCACAACAUCCAGGGGAGCCAGUCAGACAGCCUGCCCAGGCACCACAACAUCCAGGGGAGCCAGUCAGACAGCCUGCCCAGGCACCACAACGUCCAUCACCAGGGGAGGAGUCCCUAGAGACACAACCCCUGCCCAAGGUCCCACCCGGCCCUGUCCUGGAGCCAGUGUUCAAUCACAAUGGGCAGCCAGAGGGCACGGUUGGGGGCAUGGUGGGCGUGGCAGCCCAGCUGACUGUAGAUAUGGGGCGGCAUACGGGAAUGGGGCUCACCAACGGCUUCCACUCCACCAAGCCCCUGCGGACAGGGCAGGAGACCCUGGGGAACGGGGACUCCAGACACUGCCCCACUCUCCCGUCCCCCUCUCCUUUCGUCAGCACCGGCCUUGUCCACUCUAACUCUGCAGCGCACAGCUACCUGUGCCCUUAGCAAGAGGAGAACCAAACCCCCACACCAAGACCAGUUGGACUUUUUUCUUUUUCUCAUCCAUGAUGAAUCAAUUUUUUUUUUUUUUUUAAAGCACCUCAGUAUCUGAUUUUCUUCUUCCUGGCUCAGUUUUAUAGGUACUUUGAAUCCAUUGUUUUAUAUGUGUAUAUAUACAGUAUAUAUUUUUUUGUGCUAGUAUGUAUGGGUAUUCAUUUUGUUGCAUAGCAGCACUAUGUUAGUCUGGCCUUACUCUGUGCUUUGCUACAGGCUCUUGUUACAGAUGACGGAAGCAUAAUGUAGAAAGGAGGAUAUUCCCUUUUUUCAUAAGUCUUGACCUGUUGGACUCUGAGAUUGAGCGUGGGCGUGUGGUACUUCAAGACCUACCUUUGGUCAGCUGAUGAUGGUGGAGAGGCUUUUGAUUCAGCACCAUGGAUGAAGAUAGAGCAGAGACGUGACCAUGUGGCCCUUUCACUCUCACUCUGGCCCCUUUCCAAUGACUGAGCUGUUCCUAUUGGCUGUUCCACUGUAUGGAUGCUCCUGCCCCAGCACCAGGAAAGAAGCCUUAUAUUUAGACACUGAGAGUGCAGACCUCUUGUCUCUCUCUCUCCAACCUCCUGCUGUCUCAGGAUCCACACACAUUCCCUGACUGGGGGUCUCCCUGACUUGGGGGUCUCCCUGACUGGGGGUCUCCCUGACUGGGGGUCUCCCUGACUUGGGGUCUCCCUGACUGGGGGUCUCCCUGACUUGGGGUCUCCCUGACUGGGGGUCUCCCUGACUUGGGGUCUCCCUGACUGGGGGUCUCCCUGUCUUGGGGUCUCCCUGACUGGGGGUCUCCCUGUCUUGGGGUCUCCCUGACUGGGGGUCUCCCUGACUUGGGGUCUCCCUGACUGGGGGUCUCCCUGACUUGGGGGUCUCAGGUGCCUAAUAUUGUAGGUGCAUUUUUAACCUCUGUAUAUUUAUAUAGAUGAUUAUAUUCAAUAAAAAUGGGACAAAUAUGUUGAAAAUGAAGAAAAAGCUAAAUAAAUGAGGCAAUUGAAGAAAAUUUGAAGGAACCGCAUACAGUACAUGUAGUUGAUAUAGGUUGCAUUAUUUUGGGGGGAGGACUAGAUGAGACAUGUCGGUGUAUGACAAAAUAACACAUCUUACAGCAGUGGUCUCCUGGUUUUGCUCCCAGUCAACAGCACUACCUCAUUUAUUUACAGGAUGGUUUGUUGGUGAUUUUAAUUGUGUCAUGCAGAUAGGUGCAACUUUUAGAAUCUGCUUUUUAACUGUUUGAUUCAUAGCCUUCAAUACUUUCAGGAAUAACUUCUUGUCCUCUUCUUUCUAUAUACAUCAAUGUGUAUUACCUACAGGAAAUGACACAUAUGGUACAUAACAGACUGUCUCAGAUCUCUGUUUAUUGCCCUUUUCCUCAUUAUCGGUUGUCCCAUUAGAUCUGGGUUUCCAGCUGUCGUCACCCCCCCUCAAUGUUACAUCUACUUUGGACGGGAGAAGAAAAACAUUUUUAAUUUACCAGUUACCUCAAAUCACUUUUCACCUUAGGUAAAUCAUGCAGCAGUUUAGUUACCAGGCCUGCUAUAUGGUAGCUUGUUACUAGACCUACUACAGAUGAACAAGCCUCCUUUGGGAGGCCUCACCCUUUGUGAUGCCAUCCUUUCUCAGCUGUGUCUGAGCUCCUCCCUCUGCAGGUGAGAGGGAGAUGGAAAUAUCCUAGAGAAAUAGACCUAGAAACCACUUGUAUUUUCAGCCAUAUUUACAUUCUUUCUUUGUACUUUUGACUCUCGCCAGCCUGAGGUCUUUCACAGUACCACAUGUAAAGUCUACACACCUUUGAACUUUUUUCACAUUUUGUUGCGUUACAUAGUGGAAUUAAAAUGGAUUUAAUUGUCAUUUUUAUAUACUCUGUAAUUUUAAAAUGGAAGAAAAAUGAUAGAUUUUUAAAAAGAUUAAUGAAAAAUAAACACUAAUAUACCUUGAUUAGGUAAGUAUUCACCCUCCUGAGUCAAUACAUGUUGGAAACACCUUUGGCAGUGAUUACCGCUGUGAGUCUUCCUGGGUAAGUCUCAUAAGAGCUUUGCAAAAUCUUCAAGCUCUGUCAAGGUGUUGGGGAUAUUGGCUAGACAGCAAUUUUCAAGUCUUGCCCCCAAAAAAUUGCGCAGAUUUAAGUCAAAACUGUAACUUGCCCACUCAGGAACAUUUACUGUCUUCUUGGUAAGAAACUCCAGUUUAGAUUUGGCUUUGUGUUAUAGGUUAUUGUCCUGCUGAAAGGUGAAUUCCUCUCCAGGUGUCUGGUGUAAAGCAGAGUGAAGAAGGUUUUCCCCUAGGAUUUUGCCAGUGCUUAGCUCCAUCCAUUUUCUUUUCAUCCUGAAAAACUCCCCAGUCUUAGCCAAUGUCAAGCAUACCCAUACCAUGAUGCAGCCACCCCCAUGCUUGAAAAUAAGAAGGCAGUUACUCAGUGAUGUGUUGUGUUGGAAUUACACCAAACAUAAGGCUUUGCUUUUAGGCCAUAAAGUGUAUUCAUUUGCCAUGUUUUUUUGCAAUAUUACUUUAGUGCCUUGUUGUAUACAUAUGCAUGUUUUGGAAUAUUUGUAUUCUGUAUAUUUGUAUUCUUUUCACUCUGUCAGUUAGGUCAUUAUUGUGGAGUCACUGCAAUCUUGUUGAUCCAGCCUCUGUUUUCUCCCAUCACAGCCAUUGAACUCUAACUGUUUUAAAAUCCCCUUAUGGCCUCAUGGUGACAUCCCUAAGCAGUUUCCUUCCUGUCCUGCAGCUCAGUUCAGAAGGACGACUGCAUCUUUGAUGUCUCUGGGUGAUUUAAUACAUCAUUCACAGCAUAAUUAUUGACCAUGAUUAAAGAUAUAUUCAAUGUC